UUUGGAGUUAAAUUAAGCCAGAAUGAAGACAAAAUCAAAAUAGAGACCCUAGUGUCAGUUACCACUUUGGUUUAUUUAGACUUACUAUACAGUCUACAGAGCUAGCGCACUAUGGAGUCGCCUCGAUCGCUAAUCCACUAACAAAGACUGUCACUGGGCUAAUUCUGUCUCUCUCGUCACUCCACGCACUCUCUAUCUGUUCAGAUCCCAAAAAUAUCAGCAAAACGCUAUAAACCCAUAUCGCAAAAAUGGGCGAUGAUACUACAAGUAAGGAGUCGGGUUCUUAUACUUCGAGUUUAUGGUUGGCUCCUAACGAGAGCAAAAGAUGGGGCGAACUUUUCUUUCUCUGCUAUACUCCUUUCUGGCUUACUCUCUGCUUAGGCAUUGUUGUUCCCUACAAGCUUUAUGAGAGCUUUACGGAAUUGGAGUAUCUGCUUCUAGCUAUGGUUUCUGCAGCUCCUUCUUUCUUGAUUCCAAUGAUUUUUGUUGGAAAGGCUGAUAGGAAUUUGAAUUUUAAAGACCGUUACUGGGUCAAGGCUAGUCUCUGGAUAAUCAUUUUCAGUUACGUUGGCAAUUACUUUUGGACGCAUUAUUUCUUUACAGUUUUGGGAGCUUCUUAUACAUUUCCAUCAUGGAAGAUGAAUGAUGUACCACACACAACGUUCCUUCUGACUCAUGUAUGCUUCCUGUUUUAUCAUGUCACUUCAAAUAUGACACUUCGUAGACUGCGGCAUGCUAUUGCUGAUUUGCCAGAUAAACUUCGGUGGGCUACUGAGGCAGCAUGGAUCUUGGCUCUUGCAUAUUUCAUAGCAUACCUGGAGACCCUGGCCAUCUCUAAUUUUCCAUACUACGAGUUUGUUGAUCGGUCUUCCAUGUACAAAGUUGGGUCCUUGUUUUAUGCCAUCUACUUCAUCGUAAGCUUCCCAAUGUUUUUGAGGAUUGAUGAGAAACCUGGUGACUUAUGGGACUUACCGAGAGUGGCUGUAGAUGCUCUGGGUGCAGCAAUGCUGGUAACGAUAAUACUCGACUUGUGGCGCAUCUUUCUUGGACCUAUUGUUCCACUAUCAGAUACAAAACAGUGCCUUCAACCAGGACUGCCCUGGAUUCAUGCACAUGCCAAUGAAACUUAGUAACUGCAUUUCAUUGUGGAAGUUUCAAGAACUUGAUGUUGUAACAUUAACUGUAAUGUACAUUAAGCCACUAUUUUGUUUCCUUCAUCUACGGAUGCUUCAUCUUUGGCUUAGACUGACUCCUGCAGUAGUUCUUUUACGAAUGAUGCUGUGUCCAGUGCUUCCUUCAAAAAUGGCUACUCUGCGUGCUCAUUAUCUCAGAACACAGAUCUUUCUUGUUUCAGUAA